AUGGAGAUUGGUCCCUUUCGACCCGACGGCAAAGGCUCGCUCGAGUGGACCACGCAAGGGGGCGCCUGGAACGAGUACGCAGACGUUCUGUACCGUGAGUUCCGCCAGUACUCAGAAGCACGACAUCGAUACUCGCACCUAACAUCUUGGCGCUGCUACCCCACUGAACAGUCGAUCAGCCAGUAGGCACGGGCUUUUCGUACGCUAGCACAUCGGCAUACGCGAAGAGUCUGCCUCAAGCCGCUGACGAAGUGAGGUACUUCAUAGAGCGCUUCGUAGAAGUAUACCCAGAGUACGCUGCCGGAAAUGGCGUGGACGUCUACAUUGCUGGAGAGAGCUAGUGAGUCGCAAGUAGACGUUGUAUAUAGCGAGGUCGAUAAGAGCUAACUGUCUGUCUGACUUGGUGUACAUGAUCGGUCACCUAGCGCCGGGCAGUAGUGAGUAAAGCGUCCAUCAGUUCAUCAGCGGCGCCUCCGAACUUUGUGUGAUUUGCUCGUUGAAUUGCGACGCUCGCAGCAUCCCCUUCGAGGCAUCUGCUCUCACUCGCUCUCCUCAGCCAGUUGAUCUGCGAGGCAUCGCGCUGGGCAACGGAUACAUCGAUCCUGCAGCUCAGGGAGGCAGCGAAUUGGAAAUGAUGAUCUGGUCGGGCGUCUGGAAAGAAGGGGGCAAGGUAAGCUGCCGUAGAAGAGCUGCUCGCACCGACAGUAGGCUCACAAGUGCUGCGACUCGCAGGAAUGGACGGAGGCCAAUAAGCAAUGGCUCAAGUGCAAGGCUGACCUGGACAAGCUGGUCGGCAGCCCCCGGGAUACCCCAGCAUGCUCUCGUAUGCUCCCAACAAUCAUUGACAUCACGACUCAGAAGUGCGUGCACGCCGUGGGUCCGCUGCGCUGACAGGACACAACUCUAACGGCGCAGUUGUCCCUAAUGCAGAGUCGCUGGACAGAGCAAGGCGAGAUGCAUCAACAUUUACGAUGUCCGUCUCUCGGACACCUCUCCAGAUUGCGGCAUGAAUUGGCCGCCCAUCAUCAAGCCGACCUACGACUACUUGGCGCGCUCAGACGUGCGCAAAGCUUUGCAUGUGGACGAAGUAAAAAAACCCGAAGCGUGGAUAGAGUGCUCGCAUCGGGUUGGCGGAGCUUUGAAAGAAAAUAACCCGCAAAGUAGCAAGAUACACAUUCCCGAGCUACUCCGAAAGGGCGUCAAGGUGAUGCUGUUUGCAGGCGAUCAGGAUCUGAUCUGCAACCAUAUUGGCGUGGAGAGGAUCCCGCGGCAUUUGGACUGGGAAGGCGCCGCUAGCUGGGAAGUAAGUUGAGGACGCAAUCGACUGCGGUGUCACAAUGCAGAAAAGACCGAGAGCAAGCUCACCUGCUUUCUCUGUACCUCUCAGGGAGAAGCCACCAAGAAGGACUGGUUUGUUAACAAUAACAAGGCGGGCUACUGGCGAGAAGCGCGCAAUCUGACGUAUGUCAGCAUAGCCGGAGGAUCCCACAUGGUCGGCUUUGACAAGCCAGUCGAGUCACACGACAUGAUGUUGAGAUUCAUGGGUGUGGAUUUGAUGGGAGCUGCUGGGCCUUCCGCUAGAAUUCCUUCGCGCGUUGAAGGAGAGCCUGACAGAAUGCUAGUGGUUGCUCCGAACCCUGGAAAGGGCGACGGAUCUACGGAUAAUCGACCCAUGAUUCCUGGUGUUGACGGAAAGACGGAAGAACAGGUAGCCGAAGAGGCCAAAUGGGCGGCGUACUAGUGAGUUGAACAAGAUGCGACCACGCCCGCCGGCCCUUGUUGGCUCCGCAACCUCACCAUCCUCUCCUCUCGCGUUCAGCAAUGCGGGCUCUGCAGCUCUUGUCGUGCUAUUGAUCCUCGUCGGCGUUGGAGCUCUCAUCCUCCUUCGACUGCGGAAGCAGUCUCGCCGUUCGACGAGCAUGCUCGGUCGAGGUGGUCGACCCGUCGCGCGCGAGGACACGCACGAGCUUGAACACCUGGUGAGGGAUCCGGCGUCUGGCGAGUACGCGGAUGAUGAGGACAAGCUGGACGACGAGGAAGCCCAGAGCGGAUUGAGCAGUGCCAGGAAGAGUCCGGUUGGAACACGAAGGGCAGGCAAUGCGGUGCAGGAAGAUCAAACCGUCUUCGACGUGGGAGAUAGCGACGAUGAGGGACCUACACCUAGGACCGCCAAUUCUUCAAGCGUCAGGAGACCAUAA